ACGAAAGAAGAGUCAAUUAAGGCGGUUAGUGGAAUUAUUUGAUUUGAAGCCACCCAUAUAUUUUCAUUUGGUCCGGUGGUCCCUACAUCCAAAGCGAAAGAUAUUAUAUAGUUAAAUAAAUCCAACUAAGUCUGAAACUGUUUCAAGUCCCAGCACAAAGGAAAGUCCUGGAUGCCUUCAUUCACAAAUCACGCACAAUAAUUUAAUGGCGACCAUGAUGUAAGUUCAAGGAGUUGACUGGGUUCGUCUACCAGCUGCCGAUUUUGAAAUGCUCGAUCAGAUAAAUUCAAGUGCAAGGAAAGAAAUGGAGGGAGCUUUAUGCAAACCACAUGGAGAAGAGAAGGAUGGGUUACCGGAGAUCUCUCUCCGGCCAUUAGAGCUCGCAGACGUGGACGAUUUCAUGGUUUGGGCCACAGACGAUCGAGUGACUCGUUUUUGCAGUUGGGACAGUUGCACUUACGCCUCUAAAGACGAUGGUUUGAAAUAUAUCGAGGACACAGUUAUUCCUCAUCCAUGGUUCAGAGGUAUUUGCUUGAACAACCGCCCAAUUGGUGCCAUUUCAGUCAAACCGUACUCAGGCAACGAUAGCUGCCGAGGUGAACUUGGUUACGUUCUGGCCUCCGAGUAUUGGGGACGAGGGAUCGCCACACAAGCUGUGAAGAUGGUGGUGUUGUCCAUAUUCAAAGAUUGGCCGCAUUUAGAGAGGCUUGAAGCUUUGGUCGAUACCGAGAAUCUGGGCUCGCAGAGAGUCCUAGAGAAGGUUGGGUUCAUGAAGGAGGGUGUCCUGAGGAAGUAUGUAAUUCAAAAGGGGAGCACUCGAGAUAUGGUGAUGUAUAGUCUUCUUUCUACAGAAUUUGAUUAGUUAUUUGGUUGCAGAUGUGAUGUGAAGGAAACUUUGGGUUUUCUAUGUAUUUGAAUUUUGAUGAAUUACAGGGAAAUCGUAACUUGCUUGGUUUAGAGAAUGAAAACUGUGUUUUCUUCAUGGGAUUUGUGGUAACAAAUCCGAGCUAGAUUAUCUGGCUACAUACUCCAACCAUGUAUUAGCAUUCCUCUAUGGAAUAGAAUUAAACAGCUGAUCUUUGAUGUAUUUCAAGAGAAAAGGAUGACCCAUGUAACAGAAAGUAUCUUCAAUCAAGUAGGCCUUAAAUUGAAGGUUUUGACUAUCAGUAACGACCAAGCUUAGAAUUUAGAUAAUCUCAGGCAGGGAGAUCAUAGCCCAGUGCUCCCAACGCCAUAGCCAGUUUGAGAGUUGAUCAUUCAAAACCAGCCCAUGAAUUUUGAUGAAUGUAUCAUGUGAUCGAUUUUAGUCUACCCACCAACUCAACCAGAUUGAUCCGGUCGGUCUGGACCUCAACCUCAUGGAGGAGACGGGUCCAAUGUAUUUAAAUUGGGACUGAAUGGCUCAUGGCCCAACGUCUAGUCCCACAUCGGUUGAGAGAAAGAGCAGAAUAUCAAAUGACUACCAUAAAAACACAACCAUAACCCCUUCAUAAUUCAUACCUUUCUCGGCCUUUUGGCUAAGAUCAAGUGUAGUAUCUGUUCUUAUCAGUUUAAUAUCUGAUACGUGGGCCAUAGGCUCACAUGAUAUUAAAAUAAUUUUUUCUUGGGGGAAAGCCCACCACAGUAGCUUGCUGCUGGGGCUUUCGCGCGUCGCCCAUGCGUUGCACUACUGCACGGGCCUGGCGCACUCCAUUAAA